UGCAGCCACCCCAUGUGGAAAACAUUGGGCGCAUGAGGCAUGUUAUUGUAAAAGACUAGCUAGCACAUCUAUGAGUCUACUGAAUGUUGUUAAAUUCUACCCUGAGUAAACUUACAAUUCGUUUCAUAUGCUAAGGUUUAAAUUAUAAACAUGGACAAAGUCGGUAUACACUCUAGAAACGGGAGAGAGACGAUGAAAAGAGUCUCUGAACCAGAGCCUGACUACGAGGAAGAAGUGCUAAAAAGACACAAAAACGCCCAGGCUGUGACUGUUUUGGGCGAAGAAGAUGCAUCUGUAAAACUUCUUGAAGAUCUUGUUUUUGGUGCUGAAGAUGAUCUUGCAGAAAGGCUCGUGGAGGACAGAGAGGAUGGAGGUGCCACACUUCUGGAUGAUGACGAUUCCAGCGAAUCCGAUGUAGAGAAUGAAGCACGGCUGAAGGUUCAGCCAACCAGGACAGCAGUGUGGGAGGAUGAGGAUGAUGAUCUGGAGGAAGAAGUGGACAUGACACACCGGUUCCGUAGAGACCUGACCAAGAGUGUGACAGAGGCCAAGAUGUCCAAACAGAAGUUACAGCAGAGGAUGAAAGAACAGUUCCAAAAAGCAAUGGGUGGAAAGCCGUCGUGGGCAGAGACAAAAGUAAAGAAAAAGAACAAGAAAAAAGAUGACUCUGAUGAAGACUCUGAAGAUGGAGACGACCUGAUGAGGAAGACGGGCAACUUUGUGGGCUCAUCCGACAGCCUUCCCAAAGGAAUCAUACGGAUGAAGAAGUGCCUACAUGCCAACAACGACCGGCCGUCUGAGGACAGGCUGACCACGGUGCAGUUCCACCCCUCCGCCCAGGUUGUCAUGACAGCAGGGCUCGACCAGUCCAUCUCUCUGUUCCAGGUUGAUGGGAAGACCAACCCUAAGAUCCAGAGUAUCCACCUGGAGAAGUUCCCGGUGCACAAGGCCCAGUUCAGCGUGGACGGGGAGCAGGUGGUGGCCACCAGUUUCAGGAACAAGCUGUUCUACAUCUACGACAUGAUGGAGGGCAAGGUGAUCCCUGUCCACACUGUCAGAGGUCUGAGGGAACAGAGGGUGAAAGAGUUUGAAGUCUCCCCUGAUGGAGAAUCCCUCCUUCUCACUGGCGCCUCCGGAUACCUCCACGUGUUAACAAUGAAGACAAAGGAGGUAGUGAAAAGCAUGAAGAUCAACGGAAACAUUACGGGAGUGUCUUUCUCCCACGACGGCAGCAAAGUCUUCACCAAUUCUGAGGAGGGUGAGGUGUACAUAUGGGACAUGAGGAGCAGUAAAUGCCUGAACAGGUUCACAGAUGAUGGCUGUGUGAGUGGGACCUCCAUAGCUGCAUCCAGGAACGGACAGUAUCUGGCCUGCGGGUCAGCGGCAGGUGUGGUGAACGUGUACUCCCAGGAGGUGUGUAUGCGGCAGAACAACCCCAAGCCUCUGAAGGCCAUCAUGAACCUUGUGACCUCUGCCACCUCUCUCCGCUUCAACCCCACCUCCGAGAUCCUGGCCAUCGCCUCCAGGGCUGACGACGAGGCUGCCCGAUUGGUUCAUAUCCCCAGCUUCACAGUGUUCUCGAACUUCCCCAUGUUCCAGAGGAAAACCAUUUACAGGGCCCACUGCCUGGACUUCUCCCCAAACAGCGGCUUCUUCUCCCUGGCCAACAACAAGGGCCAUGCCCCUCUCUUCAGGUUGUUGCAUUACAAAGACUUUUGAAGAAGAGCAUCACAAACGGGAUCAAGACACCAAGCUCCCUCAAUACAACUAGCAUUGUCUUCAAGAAAACAUUUUACCAUGAAAAGGACUUGACUUGAGGAAUUAUUUAUUCACAGCAAGAGACCAUGUCUUCGUUGUCCUGUUUUUUCCGCUUAAUUUGAGCAAUUAUAUUCUGUUUUCAGAAUGCACAUCCUGUAUAUUUCUUUCUGUCUGCUUUUAGGGUUUUACAAAUGUUUGUGUAAUGGAUAAAAUACAACUUAAUUUCCUUGAUUCUUGGCUAUUAUAUUUGUUCUGUUUCAUGAUGAUAUCGCAGAGAACAAUAACAUUAUAGAUUGACUAUAAUGCUUAAACUAGUAUAGAAAAACUGUCAAACUUGUAGUCUACUCUAUGUUGACCUGAUAAUCUGUUUGUUACCAGC